AAAGGGUAAAAGAAGAUUAGAGUAAUCACUCCACCAACUCCCCCUUCCUUCGUAGGUCAUAUAUCAUCCUCUUCCCUCCACACCAACAAUUCCUAAGAAGAAAAUAAGAAGAAAAGAAAAAAGGAAAUGCUUCUCUCUCUCCUCCCUCUCUCUUUUCUCCUCCUUCUCCUCCUCUACAAACUCUACCACCGUCUCCGCUUCAACCUUCCUCCAGGCCCACGCCCGCUUCCCGUCGUCGGUAACCUAUACGACGUCAAACCUGUCCGCUUCAGAUGCUACGCGGACUGGGCCAAGCAGUACGGUCCCAUCAUAUCGGUGUGGUUCGGCUCCACCUUGAACGUGGUUGUCUCCAACACGGAGUUAGCGAGGGAGGUUCUGAAGGAGCACGACCAGAGCCUGGCGGACCGCCACCGGACCAGAUCGGCCGCGAAAUUUAGCCGGGACGGGAAGGACUUGAUUUGGGCGGAUUAUGGACCGCAUUAUGUGAAGGUUAGGAAAGUUUGUACCAUUGAACUCUUCUCUCCCAAACGACUUGAAUCUUUGAGGCCCAUUCGAGAAGAUGAAGUUUCCGCCAUGGUUGAAGAUGUUUUCAACCAUUGCACUAAUCCUGAGAACUAUGGAAAGAGUUUGAAGCUUCGGGAAUUUCUGGGAGCAGUUUCAUUCAACAACAUCACAAGGCUUGCUUUUGGGAAGAGAUUUGUGAACUCCAAUGGCGUUUUGGACGAACAGGGCUUGGAAUUCAAGGCUAUUGUCGCCAAUGGCCUCAAGCUCGGCGCCUCCCUUGCCAUGGCUGAGCACAUUCCUUGGCUCCGUUGGAUGUUCCCUCUCGAAGAAGAAGCCUUCGCCAAGCAUGGCGCCCGUCGCGACCGCCUCACUCGGGCUAUCAUGGAUGAGCAUACCAAAGCUCGCACCUUGAGCGGUAAUGUCAAGAAUCACUUCGUUGAUGCUCUCCUCACUCUCAAAGACAAGUAUGAUCUCAGCGAAGAUACUAUCAUUGGCCUCCUUUGGGAUAUGAUCACAGCCGGCAUGGACACGACAGCGAUUUCAGUGGAAUGGGCAAUGGCGGAGAUCGUAAGAAACCCUAGAGUUCAGAAGAAAGUACAGGAAGAACUAGACAAAGUGAUUGGAGUAGAUCGAAUCAUGACAGAGAACGAUUUCUCAAAUCUUCCAUAUCUUCAAUGCGUCGUAAAAGAGGCAAUGAGAUUACAUCCACCGACGCCAUUGAUGCUGCCACACCGAUCCAACGCCAACGUCAAGAUCGGCGGGUACGACAUCCCCAAAGGCUCAAACGUGCACGUUAACGUCUGGGCAGUAGCACGUGACCCAGCAGUAUGGAAGAACCCGGAGGAAUUCCGGCCGGAGCGAUUCCUAGAAGAGGAUGUAGACAUGAAAGGACACGAUCUCCGACUGCUGCCGUUCGGAGCAGGGCGGAGGGUUUGUCCAGGGGCUCAAUUGGGGAUCAAUUUGGUGACAUCCAUGUUGGGGCAUCUACUUCAUCACUUUGAAUGGACGCCGGCGCCGGGGAUGAAGGGGGAGGAGAUGGACAUGACAGAGAGCCCUGGAUUGGUGUCGUACAUGAAAACGCCGGUGGAGGCUGUGGCCACUCCAAGGCUGGAUUCUAGAUUGUACAAACGUGUGGCUGUGGACAUGUAAGUUGUUGAGUUGAUCUUCGUGUUGUUUUUUUUUUCUAAUGUUACUAAAAAUGGGUUCUUGUUGGUUGGAAUGAAACUGAGGUUGAAGAUUUGUUUUUGUGUGUUAUGGAAAAAUCAUGGUUUUGUAAAUCUUUGCAGGGGAACCAUAAACCAUGAUGAAAGAAACAACAGAUUGGUUUCAAAUUUCAA